AUGUUUGCGGCUAUUUCAUUCGUUAUCAUGAUAAUCCGUGUUAGUGGUAAAUAUAAUGCCAUGCUGAAUAUCACUAUCACUGUGGCCGAAGUUAACUCGUCAUCGUCAAAUACUAAAUCUGAAAUUUAUAUCAAAAAUUUUUGCAGUAAAUUGGAUAUGAAGCAAAAUAGAGAUAUAUUCGAUAUAAUACAAAAUGUAAUCAGUGAUAUCACAUUGAGAAAUGAUUAUAAUGCCGAAAAUCAAAUAGCAUCAGUGAAUUUAUCAUUAUCAACAUCAACGGUAGAGUGUCCAUAUGCCCACGAUAAUGGCGAUGAAAUGAACAGAGAAAAGGAAAAAGCAGUACAGGCUUAA